AUGGAGAACACAUUCCUUGGACUAUCCACCGACAAAACCAUCAAGAUCUUCAACAACUCCGACUACACCCUCCAUUAUCAAUGGAUGAGAUUCCAGAGCCUGGAGGAAGACAACGAGGAACAGCAAAAAUUCGCGGAAAUUUUCACGACUUUAAAAAAGACUGAGGCCCACCGUUACGCCAAUCUCAAAUAUUUCGACAUUUGCGACUCUGAAAUCCACGAAAAAGCGUGUGAGAGAAUCCUCCAAGAUGAAAUAUCCAUCCUCGCCACGGAAACUUUUCCCUUUUCCUCAAAAAAAUUUUUUCUGUCCCCAAUGAGCGGAAAAAUCUGGCCCAGAUGUUCCGCUGAAAUUCUAGUAACAUUCCAGGCCGAAAAAAUCAGUGAAACUUCCAUCACAGCCUUCCUGGAAGUCUCUGGAAGUGAGAAGAGAUUUCCCUUGAAAAUGACUGGAAUUGGGAGAGGGCCAGAGAUUAAACUCAACACUACAACAAUAGAAAUAGACAAGAUAUAUCUCUGCUCCACCCAGAACAUAGAAAUAAUUUGCGCCAACGCAGGAUUCAUCCCUGGCCAUCUACUCUUCAAGGAAAAAUCUCCAGACUUCGGGGCAGUAAUAAAAGUCACUCCGAACUCCCACGAACUCAAUCCAAACGAGUACAAAUCAUUCAAUCUAUCAUUUAUGGCCUCACGGCUCGGGGAUUUUAUUGAGAGAGUAGAUUUUAUUAUCGAGGAAAGUUUAGAAAUAAUUCCGGUGUACAUCAAAGGCCUGAGCAUCUGCCCAAGUCUUCACUUCGAUAAAUCGUCGAUUGAUUUAGGAUCCACGGGCGUAUAUUCCACAUCUAUUGGGGAAGUGAAUCUACAGAAUCAAUCAACGGUUCCCGUCAACUACAGGAUAUCAAUUCUAGACGAGAUUGAAAAACCUGCAUUAAUGCCCAGCGCUUUUCGGCUCUCGAAUGCAUCGAGUAAUGGGUCUACCUCGAGUUCAAUGUCCCAUGAAUUCGUGAUAAGUCCGAAUGAAGGAGUCCUGGAGGCCCAAUCAUCGACGAAAAUAACACUCGAAUUUUCACCAACUGUUCCCAGAGGAAAAAGACAGAAUAAAUUGAGAGUCAAGGUAGAUGGCUCCGAUGGAGUCCACCAGGUCCUGGUGAUUUUUACUCACAGCAAAGUCGCUGUCUUUGACAUUGAACCUAGUGGUGUCAAUCUUCGGUCUUGUCUCAUUAAUUUUCCGUAUACCAUUUCCUUCAGUAUUAAAAAUACUUCGGAUGUCGAUGGGUUCUGUUAUUUCCCGAGGCAAUCUUGCUCAGAGAGAUGUGGAAUGUUUUAUUCGUUGUCUAGGAGUGGGUGGCAUUUGAAACCCGGAGAAUCCAAGAAAGCCUCGAUCACGUUGAUCACUAGAUUAAUUGGACAGCAACCAAUGGAGUUGUGUUUAUUGACACGCGGGGGAAAAAUCCAAAAAUACUUUCCGAUCAUCUGCGAGGGACAGGGUCCUUUGAUUUCGGUAGAACCCACUCACCUCGACUUCGGGGAUGUCCACGUUCUUGAGUCCACGACGAAGCGCCUGAAAAUCAUCAAUGAUUCUCCGAUUGCUGGAGAUUUUAGAGCUUUUUUGAGAAAUAAGACAUCACCCUGGAGGGUGUCUAUCUCAACUGGAGGAAUUCCACCUUUAAAGUCCACAGAAUUCGAUGUUGAAUUAUUGAUGAGAGAUCCAGGAAUUCAUUCCGAUAAACUCAUCCUUGAGAUUCUGCACAGGCCUGCAAUCGUUGUGGGAUUAUCCGCGAUCGGAAUUGGAUCCUCCAUUAUUUUAGAGCCUGUCAUCUUCCCGGAAUUACACUUUGGAAUUUUAUUGACGCAUCAAGAGAAUAUUCGUGAAAUAACGAUUAAGAAUAAAGGGAGUAAAGUGCAGAAAUUAUAUUUUUCCAAUAAUCCGGAAAUAAAAAACGUCAAGAGUCCACCGACGUCAUCAUUUUUUUGCAUCGAUCCAUUUACAUUUGAGUUGGAGCCCGAGGCAACUCAACAGAUCAGGAUUAUCGCUCAAUCUGAAAUACCCGGAGAUAUCCUGGAACACUGGUGGAUUUAUAAUUUAGCUGAAGGCCAACGAAAGAGAGAAAUCCUCGGCGAGAGUGUCUUCUCGACAACUUUCGUUGCUCCAAAAAUUAAAGUGAACAAAAAAUUGCUCAAUUUUUUUGUAAAUGUAGGAAUCGAUGACGAGAGCUCUGGAAAAGUGCUGACAAAUUAUUUGGAAGUUAAUAAUACUUCGGGUUUAAUGGUGCACAUUAAAAUUUCAACUUGUGGAAGAUUUCGAAUUAUCGGUGAGGAGGAAGUGGGAGAUCGCAUGAUCAAUAUUGUGAUCUAUGAUAAUGAGACUAGAUUGAUUGGAAUUUUUUUCCAACCAGAGGAACAAAAUGAUUUACUCUUUUCAAAGUCUUAUGAAGGAAGAGUGACGAUUGAGUUCGAUGGAGGCUCCAGUGGCAUCAAUAUCAGGUGUAAAGCUGCUGUGAAUUAUCCUACUAUCACUCUUCCUUCAAAAGAACUUGAGUUUGAUGCCACUCUCGGUGCUAGCUGUGAGAGAAUUUUAAUUAUGAAAAAUGAAGGACCAGUUCCCGUUCAUUUCAAUCUUCUCUGGGACGAAAAUAACAUGCGUAAGGUUUUCAUCGAAGACCGGAGGCUUUCAGAAUUAUCUGCCACUAAUUCUCAAGAAUUUUUCGAAUAUAAUGCGAACGAACAUGAAAAACUCGAUGAAGUGAGGGAAGAAUCUAUCGACGAAUUAUUGAGAAUCUCCAAAACCGAAGGAAUUAUUCCGCCGAAUGAGGAAGAGAUGAUUGCCCUAGAUUUUUCAGCGAGGCGUCCGAUGACUGUCCAAACUCAAUUAAUUUGUCGAGUCCUCGGCGGUCCGAAUGAAAUCAUCAAAAUUGAGGCGAGAACUGAUUUCGUAAGGUACCAUUUAAACACAAAAAAAAUAGACUUUGGCUACCAGAAUGUCUUGAAUAAAGUGCAUGAGUCAAUAAUGGUGAAUAAUUCAUGUGAGAUGAAUCUUCAUUUCAAAGUGGAUCACAGAGGACAAUUAAUUCAUCAAUUACUGAUCAUCUACAAUUAUUCACCCCUGAGACUGUCGAUUAAAAUGAAACCCCCAGGGAAGAAGAAUUAUUUAUCUAGAUAUGGAAUAAUGGCGAAAUUCCGGGACCAGGAAAUUUUGAUGCCUCGAGAAUUUUGCAAGCUCGACAUCAAUAUCAAUCCUCCAACUGAUAUUUUUCAUGAAAAUACUAAAAAAAUCAAGAGGAAAAUCUAUUUAGAAGUGGCGAACAGCUACACAAUUCCCAUCUCCAUCAUUGGAACUAUCACAUCUCCAAUAUUAAAAUUGGAUAGAAAUAUUUUGAAUUUUGGAGACGUAAUUCUUGGAAAUUGUAAA